AUGCAAGGAGGCCUUCCCACGGUCAUUACUAGUGAUGUCGACGUAAUCCGCGAUAUUUCUCUCAAAUCUUUCAGCAAUUUUCAUGGCAAAAUGCCGGUGCCCAUUGAUCCGGAUCCCGUGUCAGCCGAGAUGGUCCAUAUGUUCGCAUCUAGCGGAGCACGAUGGAAGAGAAUGAGAGCAAUCACAAGUCAAGCAAUGUCUGCGAAAAAUAUGAAACAGCUCUUUCCCAUCGUUGAAGAGUCUGUUUUCAGUUUCUUGAACUUUGUAGAAAAACUACCAAUACAGAGAACAGUGGAAGCGCAUAAGAUCUAUCUCAUUCAUAUAUAUGUACCUGGUAGUCAGUUUAUUUUUAGAUUAUUCCAAAAUCAUACCUCUGAUGUCUUAGCUCGAUGUGCUUUUGGACAAACCCAAUCUCUCCACCAUGAUAACUUGUAUCACCGAAUUUUCUCACAGGCUUUCGGGAAUGAACCGAAGCUUCGUACGUUUUGUUGGGAUACUGCAUCAGGUAAGCUAUAG